AUGCAAAUAGGUAAAUUCUCAAACGAUUUUACUUUUGUGGACGCCAAAAAAUUAUGGGAGAAAAUAUCCACCAAUUUAAACGCCAUGCCAAGUGCCACGAAAAACUGGAAUUCUUGGCGCAAGGUAGGAUCUACUUGUGGUGGACCCACAUCUGAUGAGAAAGUUACCAAAGAAGAUGAUAUGGUGUUAGGAUUGAUUUACCCAACAUCUAUAGGACAUUCCAACGUUGAGAAAUCUGUAGUCUAUUUCGAUGGCACUUUUACCUAUGACGAUGAGAAUGAGACAAUACAAAUCGAUUAUGAAUAUGCCGAUGUGAUAAGAAAUGAGAAUGUCGGGCAAGAUGUAGAUAUGUCAGCUAGCACAUCAAAUAAAACUAGAGAGGAGCACCCUAGCAUAGAAGAAAAACACAAGAAAAAAAUUAAACCUUCAAAAAGUGACAGGCUUUCUAGAACGGCCAUGGCUACAGAAACCUUGGCCGAGCAAAAUAACUUUUUGGAAAUAAAAAAGUGGUAUUAUGGGAAAAAAAAUAUCAUUAAAAGAAACGGAAGUAUAUGA